GUCCCCCAAUCCGGGCCCCCCGAUGUAGCGCUGCCUAUUAUUGGCCAGCUCCCCGAUUCAAUCAGACCUAUCGUGAUGCAUCGCAGUGAGAAGCUUGAAUAUCCGCUGCGGUGAUUGGCCCAUAUGUUUGGCGCGCGUUGAAGCUACUGUGCUUGGAGUGGGCGGCGAAUGUUGAGUGAUAGACGGAGAGAUGUUUGAAUAGUGAGCCAGGUCCUUAGGUGGAAAACAUUGCAAUUGAGAAAAACUUAAAUAUAAUAGUAUAUUUACAAUAAAUCCGUUAACUGCCUCAAACAAUCCGUGUUAUUUCCACUGGGAAGUGAAGACCAAAGAGAAGCGCCUGGUUUUGUGCAGCGAGCCGGUGUUGUUCUUUCGCUAGCUAGAGUUGGUAGUCGACUCCGCGGAUGCGCGAUUUCAAUUUAUCACCACCACCCCCUACUCUCUUGCUAACGAGCUUGCCAACAAAACAGUAGUAAUUCCGAUCAACGAAAGAUUAUUUCUCGGUGUGUGUCCAGUUGAUCCCGAGUCACUACAUUGAAUGAGGACCGACCCCUCUCUGCAGGUUGACCAUGGUGCUGACAGGGAAGCGGUCUGUGAAGGGACCAGUGGGUUGGAGGAGGAGGGUGAAGUGUGAGUACAUGAGGCUACGCUUCAGACGGGCCGACGAGGUCAAGAGUAUGUUUAACUCUAACCGUCAGAGGAUCUUGGAGCGGACAGACAUCCUGAAUGCUGAGUGGAAGUCCAGGAGGAUCCAGCCCCUUCACAUCAUGACAUCUGUUAGCUCCUUACGAGGGACCAGAGAGUGUAUGGUGGACAGUGGUUUCUCCGAGUUCUCCAAACAGGUGAUCCCUCUGAAGACGCUCAACGCUGUGGCCUCUGUACCUGUCAUGUACUCCUGGUCCCCGCUACAGCAGAACUUCAUGGUAGAAGAUGAGACGGUUCUCCACAACAUCCCCUACAUGGGAGACGAGAUUCUGGACCAAGACGGAACCUUCAUAGAGGAACUCAUCAAGAACUACGAUGGCAAAGUUCACGGAGACAGGGAGUGCGGCUUCAUUAACGAUGAGAUCUUUGUGGAGCUGGUGGGGGCCCUGACCCAGUACAGUGACAACGAGGAGGAUUUUGAUUUUGAUGAAGAAGAGCAGGAGUUGAAGAUGGAGCUGUGUGAGGGGAAGGACCACAUGGUUGAGGAUCCCCACCAGGAACCCCUGAUCAACACUGAAAGCCAAGGCAGCAGUGACAGUUCCAAGAAGUUUCCGUCUGAUAAGAUCUUUGAGGCCAUUUCCUCCAUGUUCCCUGAUAAGGGCUCCACAGAGGCACUCAAAGAGAAGUACAAGGAGCUGACAGAGCCCCAGUUGCCCGGUGCAUUGCCUCCAGAGUGUACUCCUAACAUGGACGGUCCUAACGCUCGCUCCGUUCAGAGAGAACAGAGUCUACACUCCUUCCACACACUGUUCUGCCGACGCUGCUUCAAAUACGACUGCUUCCUGCACCGUGAGUCCUUCCAUGCGACGCCUAACACCUAUAAGCGUAAAAACAUGGAGAAUUUGUUGGACAGUAAACCCUGUGGUGACGAGUGCUACAUGUACCUGGUGCAGGAUGGUUUGGUGAGGGAGUACCCUGACGGUAUGGAAACCGAGAGGUCCAAGACUCUUUCCAAAAGCCCCGUGAUCUGUCGCCAGGGACGACCCAGCGGCAACAGCCGGCCCAGCACACCAACAGUCUCCACGGAUACCAAAGACACGGACAGCGAGCAGGAGGGGAAAGAUGAUGAUGAUAAGAAGGACACCACCAGCAGCUCAGAGGGUAACUCACGGUGCCAGCCUUCAGAGAAGUUGAAGCUGACGUGUGACCCUCAGGUUGUUGAUUGGAGCGCUGCCGAGGCUUCACUCUUUAGGGUUCUCAUCGGAACCUACUAUGAUAACUACUGCCCUAUAGCACGACUCAUAGGAACCAAGACCUGCAGACAGGUCUACGAAUUCAGAGUAAAGGAGUCUAGUAUCAUCGCUCGUGCUCCGACUGAGGACGAAGACACGCCCCCUCGCAAGAAGAAGCGCAAACACCACAGGUUAUGGGCCACUUACUGCAGGAAGAUCCAGCUGAAGAAAGAUGGCUCGUCCAACCACGUGUAUAACUACCAGCCAUGUGACCACCCCCGCCAGCCCUGUGACUCCUCCUGCCCCUGCGUCACCGCUCAGAACUUCUGUGAGAAAUUCUGCCAGUGCAGCUCAGAGUGUCAGAACCGUUUCCCAGGAUGCAGGUGUAAGGCCCAGUGCAACACCAAGCAGUGUCCGUGUUACCUGGCGGUCAGGGAGUGUGACCCUGACCUGUGUCUGACCUGCGGAGCCGCUGAACACUGGGACAGCAAGAACGUCUCCUGUAAAAACUGCUCCAUACAGAGGGGAGCCAAGAAGCACCUGCUCCUAGCGCCGUCUGAUGUCGCAGGCUGGGGCAUCUUCAUCAAAGAGCCAGUUCAGAAGAAUGAGUUCAUCUCUGAGUACUGUGGAGAGAUAAUCUCCCAAGAUGAGGGUGAUCGCAGAGGGAAGGUCUAUGACAAAUACAUGUGUAGCUUCCUGUUCAACCUCAACAAUGACUUUGUAGUGGAUGCUACUAGGAAGGGAAACAAGAUUCGUUUCGCCAACCAUUCCGUCCAUCCCAACUGCUAUGCAAAAGUGAUGAUGGUGAAUGGGGACCACAGGAUAGGGAUCUUCGCUAAGAGAACCAUCCAGACUGGAGAGGAGCUCUUCUUUGACUACAGGUACAGUCAGGCUGAUGCUCUGAAGUACGUCGGCAUCGAGCGGGAGUCAGAGAUACCAUGAUCCCCUCUUCUACCUCCUCUGGAUCAACACAAAGCCCUUACACAAACACACACACACACACACACACACACACACACACACACACACUCUCUUCAGGAAACCCAAACGACUCUUUGUCGGAAUCCUGGGGUGCUUCAAGAAUUUUGGAAAGUCUCUUUUUCUCACUUUGAAUAAUUUUUCUACCAACAAAUCUACCCGUUCUCUGGGAUUUGUGAGCCUCUUGGUAACUAUGGUCACUAGAACGUCCUUCCUGUUUACAGCUAACAAACAUUAACCGUUCUUAAUAAAUCCACUGACUGGUUCUCUUUA